AUGUCCAUCUUCUCCGUCAUCAUCAGCAGCGUCCCUCACGGCGUCACCGGAGGGAUCAUGCUCGACUCGCGCAACUCGCGGAUGCUCAUCGCCUGGCGCAGCGGCAAACUGGGCUUUCCCCCCCUCUCGACGGCGGUAUCGAAGUCGGGGCACCCUCACGAACUCAAAACGAUUCGCCGACGCCGUCAAAGGGUCCGCUUCAAGGAGCUCAAAAACGACGAUAUCCAGCUCAUGAACCUAGCGAGGGCAGCCAGGGUGUUGAACGUCGAGGAGAUUGUCGACCUGAAGGACACGAGAAAAGUCUUGUGUCGUUGGCCAAACAAGAUCUCAUCUUGUAGAAGCGGUUGGCUGGCCGAGCGUCGAGCGAGAUCCAUGAUCCGUUGA